ACGAUUUUUGGAUUUUGUUUUUUUUUUCUCCCAGGCAACCAAACGCCCAGAAACGAGUUUUUGGGAAUUUUCCCAUCAACGGGAAACUGAACAAGGAACAAGGUGAUAACGACCAACGAUCAACGACGACGAUCAACGACGAACGACGAACGACGGCGAAGGACGACAAAACGACGACGACGACAAGACGACAAGCCAAAAAAGUAAAAGAUUUAUAGAGACGAGAACGGGGCAUUGGCUUGAAGGGAUCGCUGACAAAGCUUUACCUGUGUGGCCGUAAACAUACAAAAAAAAAGACAUACAACAUCACCAACCAGGGAAUUAUGGACGACGGGCUUUCUCACGCGCCCGUGUCUGGCAAAGGUUCAUCCUCAUCCCUCCUCAUUCCGCACCAUCCUUCCUACCACGACCGCUCGUUCAUGACCGACGUGAACGCUCACGGUCAUCCACACCAGGCGCCGCCAUUGCCUUCAACAGAGGAUCACCACGCCGCUUACUCGCAACAUCAUCACCCACACCACCACCACCACCAACAGCAGCAGCAGCACAAUUCCUAUUCCUCAUCGCCAUCAGCGCCAUUGCCAUACUCGUCGUCAUCCUAUGUCCACUAUGCUGCGCAGCCUUCCCCUUCCUCUAAUCCCGUUGAGCCGUCCAAGUGGUAUCACCCGUCGGAUCCGCCACCCCACGGUUCGUAUGCACAGCCACCUCAACAACACCAACAGCAACAACCCCCGCCACAACCACAGCAGCAGCAGCAACAACAACAACAUCAACUUCACACUUCCCACCACCAUCCGUCACAUCAGCCGCCGUCGCAUGUGUCAAUUGCGAAUCAACAAACAUCGCAACAUCACCAUCACCACGAACAACAGCAGCAGCAGCAACAGCAGCAGCAACACCACCGACAUGAGAGUCACUCACGACACUAUGCCGUACCACAGUCUGUCAUGUACUCUCCCCAACAGACUCCCCUCAACUCAACCAUGAGUGCAGGCUUGUCAAGCCCAUCAGCGCCUCCUCCAUACGGAAUGUACAAUCAAGGUCCACCACCACCUCCUCCACCUCCACCAUCGCAAGGCCAAUAUUCACGGUUAGAUUAUCGGGACGCUUACCCGCCUCCUGUUGGUAAUGGGCACGGACAGGGCCAGGUAGGAGGAUAUCAUGACGGUCCUUUGCCGCAUUCUUUGGGCGGAAUGGCAACCAUUGACAUGCAGCAGAAUGGCGGCGGUUCCCAUGCGAGAUACACAUCUUCCCAUCACCGUCAUACGCCAUACCCGCCAGCGUAUCCUGAGACGCAGGUCCAGCGGCAUCAUGGAUCUUACUCAUCACAUUACCCAUAUUCGCAUCAAUCUGAAUUUGGGAUGCCUUCUACUUCCCAUCAGUUGGCCUUGCCACCGGCCGCCGAAGGAACCUCAACAUCCAUCCCACCAGCGCCAUCACAAUUGAGCACCUCUUCCAUGACUCGUCGCAAAAAGACAUGUGUUGAAGAAAAUGCGUAUUGCGGCCGCUGCAAUAUCCACGUUGCAACCUUGGUCCUUCAUGGUGCGCCAGAAUUCCUUUCCACUCCCCAUGUGGCCGACAUUCGGUGUAUGAAAUGUGAGUUUGGGCAGGACGUUGCAGUAGAAACAGCGGCCGCUCCUCCGCCGCGUAGGCGACGAAAACGCGUCCAGACAUAUGGACCCGGCGCCGAACUAGAUUGCGAUGUAUGCAUGAGGAGGAUUGGAUCAGGUGGUGUAAGGGCGCCGUUUGACACUGAGCGAGAAUCUUCCAAUGGUGACAAGCGAGAGGACAGCUCUCUUUCUACAAGUCCGAUUGCCCGAACCCAAGAGUGGGUAGAGCCCAGCUUUGAAGUUGAAGUCGUCUGCUCCAGCUGCAAAGUCAAGUAUGCCCUGUGCACAGAAUGCGGUGGCGGAGGAACAUUUCGUACUGGAAAAUGGCGGCCUGUCGAGCUUUUCCCUCUAGGUCGUAAAACCUGUAGCUUGUCACACCUCCGUGUUGGCCCAGGAGCACCAAUUGAUAUUCGAUGCUGGCGUAUCCCAGACGAAGUCAUAAUGCCAGCUCCACAUAAUUCUAACUCAAAUGCAUACCAGCAACCACAGUACCUGACUGGUUCAGCUGCCAUGCAGCCUCUACUAACAGAGUUGAGAGAAGUGUAUGAAGAUGGCUUCAUGACUAAUCUUGGUGUGCCGACCGUCAUGGAGAGCUUGCCAAUGGUUGCAACGUGGGAAAGGAUUACUUCUCGGUUUCAACGCGCGUGGAAAGAGGCAGAAAAUAUUUUAACCUCGAGAGUAGAAGGCGCCAGGAUGCUCCUUGCGGUUGCGUGGAUGUCCACGGCGGUUUCGGGACGCGGCCGAGGUGGGAAAAAGGGAAAAGCAUCCCAUUACGGAGCGGCGCUUUCAGCAACAGGUGCUACUGCCCCAAGACCGUACGGAGGCAGUGGAAGCGGGACAGCAGACCGAAAUGUUGGUCGCACACUGUCGGCGUCUUCAUCAUCAUCGGCGUCCUCGAGUUCCGAUUCCCCGUCAAGGCUGAUGGUUUCGUUUAUAUCCAUCUUGUGGAGACUAAGAGACGGUGCCAUGUUGGUGAUUCCCUCAGCAGAUCGUGGCACAGAUCCGACACCCAACGGAAUCACUGCUGAGCUUUUACGGCGAAUCAUUGCGCGGGCAAGGAUGGACGCUCUCCAGGAAGGCCUACCUCCAGUCGAACAUUUGUGGUGCUACAUGCGUAAUCCCGCGGCCAAUGUUUCACGAGAUCCAACACCGAGUGCCAAUCCAGGUCAAGGCAACGGCAGCUUGCCUGGCCGAGGACAUGUGCGUACAGCAUCUGGAACAACUACGACGACGACGUCAGCGUCCAUGAGUGGGGGCAGUGGCGGAAGCAGCGGAACAUGGCGAGCUGCGGGUAUCCUCGGCAGACUUGGGAUGGUCCCUAUCCAACAAUACCUCCGAUCCAACCCUUCUGUGGAUCCCACAAUUUUUGACUCUGCAUUUCCGGAAGAGAUUCGGCCGCUCUUUGCUCCGUAUGCUACGCGGAUAGAAGAUGUAACCAAGCUUUUAACACCUAGACCUAGAGCUCCCCGUGGGAAAGCCCGGAUGCGAAUCGGCGGCAGCGGAGGAGGUAUGGAAGACAAUGGUGUCAACAUGAUUUAAAUCCCAAAGGAAACUUUGGCGAUGAGGUUGUAAUUGCUGGCAGGGGGUAACUCUGGUUGAUGUCGCCACAUAAAUACUCGGUUGUGUUUUUUUUUUAUAUUGCUUUAAUGUGUGGCUACUUGUCAAAGGGAGAAACAUUUUCUUGUGGGGAAUUUUUAUUAGUGAUAUUGAAGGACUGUGGGGAUGAGACUUUUAUAUUUUUUAUUGUUGAUUUUUGAUUUUAGAGACGGGGAAUGUGAUUUUUGUUUUGUGUUUUGGACGUUUCGUUCGUAUGCUUUUUAGAAAACUGCUUUUGGAAGAAAGAAAAAAGUCUUUUAAAAAGUCUUCAUUUUCUGCUAGACGGAGGGACGGGCGGAGGGAGACUUUGGCC